AACCUGCAAUCAAAAUAACCCAUAAAACCCAACCCUAAAUCUCUCUCAACUCUCAAAGUCUACUGCCGCCCUCCCCUCCCCAUUCGGCCUCUACGUCACUCGUCUGGUGCGCCUCCCGCCGAUCGUGCUCCACGCUGUCAAUGUCGUUUCUGCGUUCGGUUCCUGCUCUUCUCCGCCGCUUCCUCUGCUCUAGUCUUGUUGUCCGGUGCUGCUCCUCGCCGCGUCCUCGGUCACUGCAGCUUGAAGAAAUGAUGUGGGCAAGUGUAAGGCGAAAAGUUCUCUCUGGCAGCUCUACUACUUAUUUGGUUUUAGAGCAAUCAUUGCCAGGUACUUGUUUUAUGGCACCAUUAUCGCGAUCUUACUCCAACCCCUUGAAGAUACUGCCAUUUGAAAGACAAUCAAACAACCUACGAAAUGUCAGUUUCCAUGGUUCCCUUGGACUUCCAGUUGGUUCAAGGCCUUUAAGGUCAGCUAUGUCUUACUAUUUAUUUUCUCUGUUUCUUUUCCAUGGCAUAUGCACAGAAUUGCUUAUUUUUUCUCUUAGCCCUUUCAUGGUCAUUAAGGAAUUCCUAUUCAAAAUAUUUCUUUCUUUAUUAGGAAAUCCCCCUGUUCUUCAACAAACUUAAAGGAACAGAAAAGUGGAAAAAGAAGUGUGAUGCCUUUAUUUUGAAAAGAUAAAGGGCCUGCAAUCUUCAAAGCAUUGUGCUUGCUUUGUUUGUCAAGUUUCAAUGUUGCCUAUCAUAUUCCUGUAAGAUAACAGAAGCAAAGGUUGGUCAUAAAUUUGGAGAAUUUGCUUACACAUGAAAAUGAAAACUUCUGAGAGCAACUACUGCAGCAGCAGCAAAAAAGAAGGGAGCCAAGGGGAAAAAGUAGGCCGAGUGCAUAUAUAUAGAACAAAAGAAUCUGAGUUUGCAAGGACUUCUCGAGAAUUCACGAA